CAACCCUCGAGCACAGCAGGACUUUCUCCUCUAACUUUCCUCCUCAGAGAUCUGCACGAGCUGUACUGUCUGCUCAUUGAGAAACAACGUUUUAAACAGAGCCAGAGCCUGCUGACACACAUCGACAAACACCAUCUUUUUAUUCUGAGCUGGACUGAUCCAUAAGGAAGAUGAGUCUGGAACUCUUCAACUGGGUUCAUCUGUCGCUGCAGGAGUCUGAGAGAAACGCUGAGCCUGAUGGGAACUACAAGCCAAAGGAGGAUCUGGACACACACUUCAGCUCCAGCAUCAUCAGCAGCUUCACUCACGAGCGCACGGAGACUCUGUGUAGCCACUUAUAUACGGGCUCGUCUCCCUACAGCUCGUUAAACAACAUCGUCAAGGGCCUGAGUUUACUGACGGACAGCUUUUCUGACCUCUCGCUGACCUCUGACCCCAGAAAGCCCUGCAAGAAACCUCCGCCCAACUAUCUGUGCCACCUGUGCUUCAAUAAAGGCCACUACAUCAAAGACUGUCCGCAGGCUCGUCCUAAAGGAGAGGGUCUGACGCCGUAUCAGGGAAAGAAGAGGUGUUUUGGUGAGUACAAGUGUCCCAAGUGCAAGAGGAAGUGGAUGAGUGGAAACUCUUGGGCGAAUAUGGGUCAGGAGUGCAUCAAGUGCCACAUCAAUGUCUAUCCUCACAAACAGCGUCCUCUGGAGAAACCCGACGGUCUGGACGUAUCGGACCAGAGCAAAGAACAUCCUCAGCAUCUGUGUGAGAAGUGUAAGGUGCUCGGAUCCUACUGCCGUCGCAUCCAGUGACCUCUGACCCCCGUCACGCCAGCUGAUUCCUCACUGAUUGAAUAUGAGUUUGCAGGUUAAUAACCACAGAAAAUGACUUUUUGAAUAUGCAUUUGAGGUUGUUAACGUUAACGGCGCACCACAGACAAACAAAUAUUAUCUCAAUUAUUUUGAAAUUGUUCUCCGUGGUAAUUAUCAUUAAGUCACAACUCACUGCUGAUGUCUUAUGAAAGCUUUAAAUAUAGAAAUUAAAUUUAAGUUGAUCCUAAUUUUAGCAGCUUUUAAUACACCAUUCAGAUUUGCUUAAUGGUGCAAGUACUAAUAUUUGAUAUCAGGCAAUAAUUUAUUGGCAGGACUUCUUUCCUGUUCUUCAGAACCCGUAAAUACUGGAUAUUUAAUGAUAUUCAAAGAUCUGAUGUUAAUCACUGAGUUAGAGAUCGACACAGAAUUCACUAAUAGUCAGAGUUCCCUCCAAAAUGAUGUCACUUCCUGUAGGCUGAUGUCAUGAAGGAAGUGGAAUUUUUUGUGAAGCUGAAGUGAUUUUGGAAAAGACUUACAGGAUGGAAAAUAAAGUGAUGAUUACUUAAAAUAAUGUUGUUAUUAAAACAUUUUGAUAAGAAAAAAAUGAAGAUUUUUUUUUUUUUUGGAUUUAAUAUACACCCCAUAUUAUUAUUAAAUGUUAUGAUUUGCAUUUUUUUUCAUAUAUGAUGGUUAUGAAAACAGAACAGGAAUUUCUUUGAAAACUUUGAUAGCUCUUGUUUUCUCUUUUUGCAUAUUGUGUGAUUUUAUGUCACAUCACUCGAGUGCCUGUUCAUCACAAAGAUAUUUGUGUAUUUGGGUAAAUAUAGGAACAAUAAUAGUGACAGCAACAGAGAUCAGAACAUUAACAGUAUUAUUACUGUAGCUUUACUUAUUUGAUGUGAUGCUUGUUUAUUCAGAAUUAAAUCUGUGCCUGUAUUUUUGAAAAAUGUUUUUUAAUAUCUCAUACUCAGUGGCCUCAAAAGCAAUCUGAAAAAAUAACACUCGUCUGAAUGGAUAAAACAAUCAAAUGACAAAAAAAAAAACUGUUUUAGUGUUUUUAAAUAUCUCUCAACUGUGCAUGUGUGUUUUGUUCACUUAACAUUUACAUGCAAACCCAAUUUGUAAGUUUGUAAAUAUGAAAUAUUUCUGCUCGUAUGGCAUAUGACCGCCAUCAAUUGAAGAAGAGGUAUCAUAUCGAUCACAAGUGCAGUCUGGAGUACCUCAAGGCUCAGUACUAGGACCGUUACUUCUUCUCUUUGCAUGUGUGUGUUUUGUUCACUUAUUUUCAAU